AUGGCGAAUGAACCUCCAGGAACUGAACCGGAGUCGGACUCCCAAGAGGCGGGAGACCGUCCUACUGAGGAGAUGACAAUCGAUCCUUCAGUGAGUCAGGACGCCGAAUCCCAGUCCCGAGAUGAUAACGAACUAACGGUAGAUAGGCAGACUAAUUCUGAUGACAAUGAAAUGAAAAUAGUGGAGUGUCAUGGAGCUUUGGUUCCACUCACCACCACCAUGGAGACCAACAAUCUGGACUGCGAAAGCUACUACUUGUCGAAAUCGAAUUCAUCGGAGCUGACUAGCGAAAUGGAAGGCGAUAAUGAACGGGAUUUGGAUAACCUAUUAGAGCUCCACGCUGACUACCUUCCUUUGUCAUCGGAUCCCAGCACACCAGUAGGUAGCACCCAAGACGGAACCCACGAGUGGUAUGACGUAAUUUCACGCACAAAGCGGCACAUGUUGAACCAGUUUGGUCACGAGGAGAAUCCGCGGCUGCGAAUGGAUAACAGCGCCGGAAGUGAACCCCGGCAUAUACAGGAAAACCGCAUCGCCAAAUUCGUCGGAGCUCACAGGGCGCCCCGAAAUGCACUGUGGAAAUGGAUGUUACCAAAGCUCGAACGGUUCCUGGAUGUUCAUGACGUGCUCAUGCUGCGGCAGACGUGUACUGACCUCUACAGGCAUAAAUAUACUCUCCGCCCACAUUAUGAGUUGUGCUUCCGAGGAUUCGUCGGAUAUGACAUGGACGUCGUCAUCGGGUCUGUGAUACCGUUGCUUGCCAAGGUAUAUAGGUUAACCGACUCUGACAAGGUGGGGUUGGACUUUAGCCAGUGUUUCAAUCUGAAGGAUAUAUCCAUUGUCCACAUGCUGUCCACACAGGCCAUGCUGAACGGCGGCCUGGAGACGCAGAUGAUCUGCAGGAACAUGAGGUCGCUGACACUGGAUUAUUGCCACCAGAUCACGGACAAGGGAUUGGAGAUACUGCUUGCGACAAAGCUGCCAAACCUGGAGAAGCUCAGCAUGGUGUGCUGCCGUAAUGAGGGCAUUACGGGAACGCCGUUCACUACGAUGCUCUCCGAGGACAGGUGGCCGAAGCUAGCCAAGUUCAACUGCAGCUUCAGCAAUGUAACUCUGGAAUCCAUAGAGGCCAUCGCUGAUUUCAUUUACCAGAGGACGGCAGCUGAGCGGACCCAACAGGCGUCUGACACGGUAUCCAGAAGGUUACACGCCGAUUGCACGGGAUAUGGGUGCAAUGAGAGGCUGUGGCACGAGAUGGGACGCAUGAUAACACGUGUUGGUGAUUCACACGCCAACGAUGAAACUGCGCAUACGUCUCAAAGCCAUCCCGCUCCUCCGUUGUGCCAACUGGAGAUCACCGGCUCCUGGGGCAGCAGGAUGUUCCUCGAUAAACACGGAUUCGGAGCGGAACUCCACGCCUUCGCUUCAGCUUUGAAGGUGAAGUCAAUGAAGAUAUGCUCCAAGCUAACAAAACGCGUGCACCGCGGGCUACAGGACAUCGGUGACCGGGCGCCGGAUGAUGCUGCCCUGCAGCUGGUGAUGUGUCGAGGAAGCGAGCUGUUGGUGAACUGCCCUAUAGCGGAACACGACGAGCAUAACACAAUGGACACGUGGACGCUGCCGAUAUCCAUAACCAUUCAGAACGACGAUAUGGAGCUGUGCAACCUGUUAAUACGUAGAGGGGCGCGUGUAAAUGUUUGGGACUAUUGCGGGAAAAGUCCGCUGUAUAAGGCCUGCGAAAUGGGCACGACCGCUUUUGUCAAAUUGUUCGUGAGGUUGGGGCAGGCCCCGAUGUCACUCGAUGAGAACGGAUUUUCUCCGAUGGCGAUAUGCGUUAAAACUGGUAACGCCGCCUAUGUCGAGCUUCUGCUCAAAGCUGGGUUGCAGCUUAAUCUGAAGUGCCCCCACAUCCGAGAUUUCAAGUCGCCACUGUACAUAGCCUGCGAGGCCAUGGCCGACGACUGCAUUCGCUUGCUGCUGGAGGGCGGCGCGGAUCCUAACUGGCUCUACCACGGGAGGCUCAGUGUGACUCUGCUUGCGUACCAAAAAGAUAGGAAUUGGUUGCCGAUAUUCCUCAUGUACGGCGCCGGCAGGCCGUUGAAUAAGAGGUGGAUACUGACCGACGUGAUGAGUUGCGCCAUCAAGAAUGGGGAUGUUCAGUCGGCGGCCAUUCUGGCAAAGGAGUACCCGGAUCUGCUGGAGCGGAAGCACAACGUCUGGUCGACCCCGCUUGUACAGGCAGCACGGCUGGGUGAGCCCGAGAUACUCCAGACACUGCUGGACGCAAGAAUCAGCAGGGGAAAACCGGAUUCGCGCGAAACGACGCCGAUGCACGCAGCAGCUGAAGAAGGACAGCUAGAAUGCCUGCGCCUGCUCAUCUGCAGUGGCGAUAAUAUCGACGUGCAAGAUGUUGCGGGCAGGACGCCGCUCUACCUCGCGGUGCUGGAAAACCAGGCAGGCGCAGCAGAGGUUCUGCUGACCAGCGGCUGUGAUCCAAACAUCGCAGAGGUUUCGAACGACGAAACGCCCCUCAUGGCCGCGCUGGGAACCCGCAACGAGGAUAUCGCACUGCUCAUCAUCAGCAAGGGCAAGGGCCUGAAGCUUGAUGCAGCAGAUAAGUUGGGAAGGAGCGCGAGUCUGUAUGCGCUGUACUUCGAGCAGAUUGCCGUUGGCGAGGUCAUUCUCCGCCAAUGCGCGCAACAAGGCAUCGUCGCCUCGGCCGCGGAGAUCCGGUUGUUCAACGCAGUCAUCUGCGACAGGAUCAAAACACGAUCAGCGAACUACAAACACCUCACGCGAUACGCCAAGCACUACCGUGACGUCAACGCGGACGUCAUCAGGGACAACGGCAUCGACUUUUUGUUCGCGCAGCGGUGGCCCCUGAUGAAAAGCCUACUUGGCAAGAUCAGGGGGCUGGGCGCAAACCCCUAA